CAGUAUUGUGAUUAUAGAUAUAGUCAAGUUCUAAGUGAAAAUUCUUACUUGCAGGUUCCAGCACGGCAAAGUAACAAUGGAAAAUAAAUAGUCAAUGUGAAUAAAACCUUUAUGCAAUGCUAACCUCACAGAAAUGCACCAAUAGAAAGGCUAAAAACAAAUAAAACAUUUUAAGUAAUGGACAACAAAAUAACUACACCCUAAUAAAGAUAUUACAAAUUAAAGAAAUAUAUAAAGUAAUGUGGAGAGUAUGGUAGUGUGAGCCUGCCAAUUGUCUCUGCUCCUGCCGCCAGCUUUCCGUCACCGGUACAACCACCAAUUCCCAUUCACCCUGCCAGCCCGGGACAUCCUGGACCCUGCCUUGCUUCACAUUCACCACGAACGCAACACAUCUUCCCGGUCCCAAUCACCCGAAUUCUAGACACCUGUUCCCAUUAUCACCUGUGAAUUUAAGCCUGUCUGUUUUCUUCUCUCCCCGUGAGGUAUUGUUUGUGACACACUGAGCCUGUUUUUCCUGUUCUCGAUUGAUUACUACAUUGACCUGUUCUGCCUAUCCGACUUCGUUGCCUGCCUUCUGAUUCUGUACCGUAGCCCAUUGGAUUACCUGACGCCUGAACUAUUUCCGGUUGCCUCCCGCUUACCCCCCUCGGAUUCUGGAUUGUACUGCUGCCUUCUGGUGUCCUGUGUACCGACCUCUGCCUACCUGUACUCUGUUCUAUUGCCUUGUGGUUUAAAGUUACGCCUCUGGCUUCACCCUAUCUGGGUCUGAGUUGUAUUCGUUACAGAAUACCUCACCGGUAUCAUGGAUUCUGGGGAGCUACAGGCUCGGCUGUCACAGCAGGAGGAACAGAUUGACGAGAUCUGUGGACUGCUGGGCCAGUCAACCCUCGCAUCGUCCUCCUCAGGCACGCGGACACCACCACCCGUCUCUAUGCCCAACAAAUUUGAUGGAGCUGAGUAUGCGCUGGACUAACCCUAACCCGCACCCUCGCUGCAGGGAGCAGGUGGAGUGAGACGGUGCUCCUGACGGUUUAUCUGUGUGGGCUCAAUGGCGAACUACAGGCCCAACUUGCUUGCUGAGGAGACCUUCCCGACCUCCACAAGUACAUCAACAUGUCCAUCGCUACCGACAACCUACUGGCCGACCGGAGGAGGACAUCGCCACCCUGCGCCUAGGCAUGGGUCGCUCCGCCGCCAUGAAACAAAGAUGCAUCCAAAGAAACCUCUGCAUGAAUUGCGGGGACAACUGACACAUCCUCUGCCGUUGCCCGGUUUGUCCUCCUUCACGCCGGGAGGCCCGACAUCCGCCAGGGGCACAGGUAGGGGCAUCCAUGUUAUUACCUCUGUCCAGACACCAAUAUAGCCCAUCUGUCCUGCUCACAGCCAAUGGGGUGACCCUAGCCCGAAGAGGGCUCAUAGAGUCAGGAGCUGCGGGCAAUUUCAUUGAUCGCCAAUUGGCCCAGGAUUUAGAGUUAGGCCUCAUCUCUCUUCCUUCUCCUUUAAUCAUGCACCAAACGACGCCCAUCACCCUGCAGGUCGGAGCCCUGCAUUUUGGAGACCAUCCAACCUAUGGUCCUCUCUUCGCCCCGGGAUCCACUCGUCCGCCCCUGGCUCAGCCUCCACGACCCCUCCACGAUCCAAGCCCCCCAGCAGGGGUCCAUCCGCCCUUCCAAGUGACCCGCAGCCUCCAGCUUCUUUUUCGUGGACUGGUGACAAAUUAAAGGAAAAUCCAGCAUAAAGUGUUGCAGUAAGCUGUUCGGACACCAAGAGCCACCAGAAUAGCUGCAGUGCACCUUGGCAUAGAUUCUACAAGUCUCUGGAACUCGGCUGGAGGGAUAGAAUACCAUUAAUCCAAAAACAAAGCACUAUCUAAUCAGUCCAAAAUCUCCUAGAGGUGACAUAACGAAACAGGGUUGGCUCAGCUGUCUCCAGGGGGACUGCGUGAACUUCAACACCCUGGUAUCUCUCUAGCUCAGCUGUCUCUGGGGGGACUGCAUGAACUUCAACACCCAGGUAUCUCAAUCCUCGCAUUCCAAUGCUAGGAUGAACCUGUCAGUCCCUAUGUUGCCAGGAAGAUGUGGCUGUGAGCUGUUUUGAAGUGCUUAUUCUGUGGGUAGUGACCGGAUUGUGAUUAUGGGCAUAUGGCCGGGUGGUGUCCAGGCCUGCAUUUCAGGCCAGGAGAACUGCUCCACCAAUAAUGUGUCAAAGGACUACUGUUACUCGGCCCGUAUCCGCAGCACAGUGCUCCAGGGCCUUCCCUUUGGUGGGGUCCCGACUGUCCUCGCACUGGACUUCAUGUGCUUUCUGGUUCUUCUCUUUGUCUUCUCCGUUUUGCGGAAAGUGGCUUGGGAUUACGGGAGAUUGGCAUUAGUGACAGAUGCUGACAGUCGAAGAAGAGAAAAGGGUAACUAUGAUACACUGAGAGCAAAUAACACAAGUGUUGCCUCGGCUCUGCAUUCUGAAACACCAGACCGCUAUGAGCGUCUCACGUCAGUCUCCAGCUCUGUCGACUUUGAUCAACGGGAUAACGGCUUCUGUUCCUGGCUAACUGCCAUCUUUAGAAUAAAAGAUGAGGAGAUCCGGGAGAAGUGUGGCGAGGACGCUGUGCACUACCUCUCUUUCCAGCGCCACAUUAUUGGCCUGCUGGUAGUGGUGGGUGUCCUCUCUGUGGGCAUUGUGCUGCCAAUCAACUUUUCUGGAGACCUUUUAGAAAAUAAUGCAUACAGCUUUGGGCGGACCACAAUAGCAAACCUGAAAUCUGGGACAAACCUCUUAUGGCUCCACACUUCAUUUGCAUUCAUGUACCUACUUCUGACUGUAUACAGUAUGAGACGGCAUACGUCCAAAAUGCAUUACAAAGAGGAUGAUCUGGUGAAACGCACUUUAUUUAUCAAUGGGAUAUCCAAAUAUGCCGAAGAGGAUGACAUAAAGCAACACUUUGAACAAGCCUAUGAGAACUGCACUGUGUUGGAGGCUAGAAUCUGCUACAAUGUGGCCAAACUCAUGUCCCUGAAUGCUGAAAGGAAGAAGACUGAGCGCAGUUUAAAGUUCUUCACUGAUCUUAUGGCCAAAGAACACAUGCCCACCAUGAUCAACCCAAAGCCCUGUGGACACCUCUGCUGCUGUGUUAUUAAAGGCUGUGAGCAGGAAGAGGCAGUGAGCUUCUAUACAAAGCGGGAGGCCAAACUGAAAGAGGAGUACAGAAAAGAGAAAGAGAAGGUCAACACCAAACCUCUUGGCAUGGCAUUUGUCACUUUCCAGAAUGAGGCCAUGACUGCAACAAUCCUAAAGGACUUCAAUGCCUGCCAGUGCCAUGGAUGUUCAUGUCGCCAGGAACCUAGGUCAUCCCAGUUCAGCGAAAGUCUCCAUGUCUACAACUGGAGUGUCAGUUAUGCCCCUGACCCUCAAAAUGUGCGCUGGGAACACUUAUCAUUGGGGGGGGGUUCCUGGUGGAUUCGCUGCUUCAUCAUCAACUGCAUCCUCUUUCUUCUGCUCUUCUUCCUCACCACACCUGCCAUCAUCAUCUCCACUAUGGACAAGUUCAAUGUCACCAAACCAGUGGAGUAUUUGAAUAAUCCCAUUGUCACCCAGUUCUUCCCGACGUUGCUGCUGUGGGCUUUCUCUGCCCUCCUUCCCACAAUUGUCUACUACUCUGCUUUUUUUGAGAAACACUGGACGAGGUCUGGGGAGAACCGGACCACAAUGCACAAGUGCUACACUUUUCUGAUCUUCAUGGUCCUUCUGCUGCCUUCACUGGGUCUUAGCAGUUUGCAUGUCUUCUUCCGCUGGCUGUUUGAUAAGAGAUUCCUUGAUGAAGUCGCGAUCAGAUUUGAGUGCGUCUUCCUCCCUGACAAUGGGGCCUUCUUUGUCAACUAUGUUAUAGCUUCAGCCUUUAUCGGUAAUGCCAUGGACCUGCUGCGGAUUCCAGGCUUGCUCAUGUAUAUGAUCCGACUUUCCCUAGCCCGUUCCUCUGCAGAGCGGCGUAACGUAAAGAGGCAUCAGGCAUUCGAAUUCCAGUUUGGAGCAGCCUACGCCUGGAUGAUGUGCGUCUUCACUGUAGUUAUGACGUACAGCAUCACAUGUCCCAUCAUCGUCCCCUUUGGUCUAAUGUACAUGCUGCUGAAACACCUUGUGGAUAGAUACAACAUGUAUUAUGCCUACCUCCCAUCGAAGCUGGACAAGAAAAUCCAUUCAGGUGCUGUCAAUCAGGUUGUGGCGGCUCCCAUCCUUUGUCUCUUUUGGCUACUGUUCUUUUCCACCAUGAGAACAGGCUUUGUGACCGCCACAUCCAUGUUCACUUUGGUUGUCCUAAUCGUCACCAUCGUGGUAUGUCUGUCACACGCCUGCUUUGGCCACUUCAAGUACCUCAGCGCUCACAACUACAAGGUACGGGUCAGUGUGCUCAAGAUUGACACCAAGGAAACAGAUGUUGAUGUGGUUGAAAAUGGCCACACAACAAAUCGCUCCUUCUCCUCACCUUCAAACAAGUCGCAGCAACCAACAUACAUUGCCCAGGUCUUACAGGACCCAGUUAUGGAUGAGGUCUGCACAGGGAGUGGAGAGGAAGACCAGGUGUCCUCACAGGAUAAGAUGUUUAAUGCUGGGAAUAUUCUCAAUGAAGCAGAUUUCCAGUCUGGGGAAGACAGCCUCAUAGCCAAUGAGGUACACCAGUAAUGCUACCGGAUGUGUUUGUGAGAAAAUGAAAUAUGGAGAUACAAAGGACUAGGAAGACAGAUUUUUGAAGAAGAUGAAUGCCAGAAAAAAACUGCAAUCAUCACUUCUCCGUUCUCCCCCAUUCUCACAUUUUCUCUGUCGUGCCUCUGCCCAUUGGCAUUACAAGAACAUUUUUCAUAAUUUAUGAAUAACCUUUAACUGUGGAUGGUUUAGUAAAUACCAAUUUGGAGCUUGUCUGUGUCCACUGCUAGUAAACUUGGUAAACCCUGUCUGUGCGAUGAAUAUGGGCGUUGAUGCCCCUGUUGUAUUUACUAUAGUCCUAAACUUCUAUGAAGCAACAGUCCAACCUUGCUUUUACAAAUCCAAAAAGACAGAAUCCUGAAAAGGAAUACUUACUAUAGUCAAGACUUUGGAUGCCCCCCAUAUACACACACAAAAACGUUAUUUAUCUUGUUUGUUGGUAGGAAUGGUCAGAAUUGUGCCUGGUUUGGGUUUCUAAUUUGUAGUUGUCUGCUAAAUCUCUAUCAGAGUGUCUCAGGAAUCAUUGAGAACUACCCAGAAGCAACUGAUGGAGAAAAUUAGGCUACAAUGCCUCAAACCUCAUACCAAAACUAAACUUUGUUUUUGUCAAUGUGCAAAAAACCCUGGAUUAGGUGUAAUUUUUCAUAGUUUACUUGUAAACUUACUUGGUUAACCUUUAUUUUUCAUCAUCUGUUUGGAAAAUGUAGUGCUAUUAAAAAGUCCUGAUCCAAAACACUAUGGUCCAAAACAACCCACUUGCCUGGCCCCACGUAUUAGAUUUUUUGUCAUCAUUAUGACAUUACUUAAGCAUACAUCAUCUAAUGAAAGUCAGGGAAUCCCAGUUCUUUUAAAAAUAUUGUACAUUUUAGUUGAUGCAUCUUAAGCCGCCGAAUAGAUACAGCUGGAGGAACAUGAGGGGUAUUACAUUAGCCCUCAAUUAGAAAUUCCAAAGACUCCAGAUAGCUUCCUAAAAAGACAACAGAUCAGCCUUCGCUAAGUUUCAAUGUGUGAUGUUUCGGGUCGAAGUCAUCUUGUUUCGGGUCCAUAGUCCACUUUCUUGUGAAGCCCUGUCAAUCAAAAUCACAUUCUUCAUACCUGCAUGGGAAGUCCUGUCAAUUUCCUGGUCUCUCUGCUCCCCUCCAACCUGUCCUGAGUUUCCAAAGAGUCAGUCAUCGAAGGCUUUAUGACUCUUACAGCCACACGCAUUGUAAACACCUAUACUACCUUAAACAUCUGAAAUAUGAAGCUAUGUUUUUUAUGGGAGCAAUAGUUCAGGAUUUCAGCUGAUGUUGUACACUAAAGAUUUUCAGUUUUGAGUACCUACUUUUGAGUGUUUGUUGACUAUGUUUAUUAGCCGGUGCCUGACAAGAAGAUUUCAAAGCGAAAAUAGACCAAAUGGUGGAGGCAAAUAGCCUACCCUUAAAAUCCUCCAAGGUAAGCUAUAUGCUUUGUUAGAGGAGCCAAAUCCAAAUAAACAAAGUGUUUGUCUAUGCUUCCUCUUAGAGCGAAUAAUACUGAAGAUAAAAAUAGUAAAGUAUUUUGCUCCUUGGAAGUCAUGAUGAUGGACAAUAUUGGUCAGAUGUUUUAUUGGUUGGAAUGUUGGUAUUUGUCGUAUAAUGGCGAGCAUAUAUUUUGAACCUGUGACUCCCAUUUCGUGUUCCAGUUAUACCCUGGGAAUCUAAUGACAUUUCCCUUCCAGUGUUCACUUUUUUGUAAGGGCAUCUCAAUCAAUAAAUACACAAAUGUAAUCAAAUACUCUUAUUACAGGUAUAAAUUGUGUAGUAAGAGUAAAUGUCCAGUCAAAACUUAAAAUGCUAACAAAACAAAAGCAGAAAUCAAUGUAAAUGUCCUUAUUAAAUUACUUAUUCUCCUGAACAACUCGUUAAUCGUUACUACUAAAAGGCACUUCCUUGAUAUUGCUUUAUUGGAUCAGUUUUCUAACAUCUGUGAAGACUGUAUACAUAGCUGUGACCAAAUGGAAGACGCUAGGGACAAACAUCUAUUCCAACAGCAGAGCUGUACUGAUAGUGAAGGUCUGCUUGAGGUCUUUCUAUACGUUGCUUACAUUGUUUGCUUGUAUACUUGCUGGUUGUGUGUUUUUAUUGCUAACAUGAGUAUCAUGUUUUGGAUUGUGGACGAAUCAUCUCUGCUCAAAACAACUUAUGAAAAAAAAAGUUUUACCAAUUUGAAUCAGCAUUGAAGUAAACAAAGUGGAGCUAGAGCUGUGACUUGAAGUGUGGAAUAUUCUCAGGUGUUUUUGUUUUCAAAAACUGUUUACAUCUCAGUUAUUUUACAUUUUGUUAGUUGUUUUUACAACCCUGUUCCCAAAGUUGGGACGCUAUGUAAAAUGUAAAGAUAAAAGCAAUGCAACGGCAAAAUCAUUUAAAGCCAAUAUUCAAUAGAAAAUAUUACAAAUACAACUUAUCAAAUGUUGAAACUGAGAAAUGUCACUGUUUCUUGAAACAUAUAUACCCACUGAAUUUGAUGCCAGCAAAACAUUUCAAUAAAGUUGGAACAAAGCCCACUCUUUUUCAAGGGACCAAAAGUAAUUGGACAGUUGACUCAGAAGCUGUUUCAUUGACAGGUGUGGGCUAUUCCUUCGUUAUUUCAUUCCAAGUGUGGCAUUCAUAUUUAGAAGCUGUCACAAUGAACCCACAUGUGGUCAAAGGAGCUCUCAAUGCAAAUGAAACAGGCCAUCCUUAGGAUGCAAAAAAAUUUAUCAGAGAGAUAGCAGGAUCAUUAGAACUAGCCAAAUCAACAGUUUGGUACAUUCUGGGGGGAAAAGAACACACUGGUGAGCUCUGCAACACAAAAAGGCCUGAAUGUCGACAUCAUCAAUGGUGGAUGAUACCAUGGAUCCUUUCCAUGGUAAAGAAAAACCCCUUCACAACAUCCAGCCAAGUGAAGAACACUCUCCAGGAGGUAGACAUAUCAUUAUCCAAGUUUACCAUAAAGACAAGAUUUCACAAGAGCAAAUACAGAGGGUUCACAACUAGGAGAAAAGCAUUCAUAAGCCUCAAUAAUAAGACCAGAUUUUUCCAAAAGAAAUCCCCCCCAAAAAAGCCAGCCCACUUCUGGAACAGCAUUCUUUGGACAAAUAAAACUAAGUUCCUGAAUGAUGGGUUAGAAAAAAGUAUGGAGGCUUGGAAUGGCUCAUGAUCCGAAGCAUACCACAUCAUCUGUAAAACACGCUGAAGGCAGUGUGAUGGCAUGGGCAUGCAUGGGUUCCAAUGGCACCAGAUCACCAGUGAUUAUUGAUGAUCUGACACAAGACAGAAGCAGCCAGAUUAAUUAUGUGUAUAGAAAUUUCACUUUGAAAACUACAGCAAUUGAUCUCCUCAGUUCCCAAACAUUUACAGAGUAUUGUUAAAAGAAGGGGUGAUGCAUGUGGUAAACAUGCC